CUUUCAAAAUGACUUCUAAAACAGACACAACAUGCAAAAUAUUUUCAUUUCAAGACUACAAAUCAUCUCCCGAUCCGAUUUUCGAGAUUGCUGCCGAAUGCUUACAACCAUCACCAGUUCCGAUAAUAAUAGAUAACGGCUCUUUUCAAACAAGGGCAGGUUGGGCAUGCAAAGGGGACGAACUAGGCGCUCCGCGGCUUCUGUUCAAGUCCGUGGCGGCAAGGAGCAGAGGGGCAGCGCGAAGUGAAACCCAAAUCGGCAAUGACAUCUCCAACCUCGAGCCCGUGCGAUGGCUCCUGAAAAGCCAGUUUGACCGAAAUGUGGUUGUAAACUUCGAGAUACAGGAACUGAUGUUCGAUUACAUAUUCAGCCACCUCGGAGUUGGCACUGAGGGCAGUGUUGAACAUCCUAUAGUGCUCACAGAGGCGCCCUGCAAUCCGCUGCACAGUCGCCAGAUGAUGUCAGAGCUGCUCUUUGAGUGCUACAGAGUUCCUCAUGUGUCCUAUGGCGUGGACUGCCUGUACAGCCUCUACUACAACAACGUUCUCAGCAACCUCACACCCCCACACACCGGCAUUGUCCUCUCUUCUGGCUACCACUGCUCUCACAUCCUACCCGUUAUCAAUGGAAGGCUGGAUGCAGGGAACUGUAAGCGUGUGAACGUGGGAGGGAACCAGGCGGCCUCCUACCUCCAGCGUCUGCUCCAGCUGAAGUACCCUGGUCACCUGGCGGCCGUCACCCUCAGCCGCAUGGAGGAGCUGCUCCACGAACACAGCUACACAGCCACAGACUACCACCAAGAGCUGGAGAAGUGGCGCAGUGCAGAGUUCUAUGAGCAGGAGGUGCACCGCAUGCAGUUGCCCUUCUCUGCCAAGGGGCUGGGUGGCGUGGUGAGUGUGGAGGAGAGGCAGGAGAGACGCACCCAGCAGCUGCGCAGGCUACAGGAGAUCAACGCCCGGCGCAGGGAGGAGAAGCUGCAGCAGGACCAAGAGCGGCUGGAUAAACUACUGUCAGUGCAGGAGCUGUUGGAGGACGGCUACCUGGAGCAGUUCCAUAAGAACCUGGUCCAGCUGAACAUGGACUCUGCUGAGGAGCUGCAGUCCUACAUCAACAAGCUGAGCCUGGUGGUGCAGCAGGGCAGGCAGCGACUCUUGCAGGCCUCAGAAAUGGAGCAGCCAAUGGACGAAGGGGACGGCGUGACAGAGAUGGAUCCAGACUUCAGCGAGGAAAAUGCAGAGACAGAAAAGCAUGUGCAGCCGGUGUUUAACAUGGCAGAGUACCACCAGCUGUUUGUGGGUACGGAGCGCCUGCGAGUCUCAGAGAUCCUCUUCCAGCCGUCGCUGAUAGGAGAGGACCAGAUGGGCAUGAUGGAGACUCUGCAGUAUGUCUUAGCCAGGUAUACUCCUGAGCAGCAGGAGGCACUGGCCCGUAACGUGUUCCUGACGGGAGGGAACCUACAGUAUCCAGGUAUGAAGGAGAGAAUAGAGAGAGAGCUGCUGGCCAUGAGGCCCUUCCAGUCUCACUUCCAGGUGAUGAUGGCGUCGCGGCCUGCGGUGGAUGCCUGGUACGGGGCUCGGGACUGGGCCUUGGAGCACCCCCCUGGCGGGGAGGGCUGGAUCAGCCGGCAGGACUACGAGGAAAAGGGCGGUGAGUAUCUGAGCGAGCACUGUGCCUCCAACGUCUUCAUCCCCAUGAAGAUCGCCAAACCAGUCCCGCGCCCUGCUGAAACUCUGUUAGUGCCCAUUACCACGAUGACGGCAGCUUCCCCCGACAGUGUUUCAGCCUCUCCAUCAACUGUCACCUCGGCACCGACCCAAACCUGAACUCCUCCACUUUCUCUCAUGAGCACAAAUGAGAAAGAGCAAAACUAGGUGGGUGAAUCUCACUGUAUAUAUCAUGGUGCUGUGCAUUUUGGGAUUUCAAAGCAGCACAGAUGAUGAUGAUGGACCAAUAGACCGGUCUGAAGGCAUUGGGCUGCUUGGUUAGGUUAGUCCUUUUUGUUCUUCAUCACAUAAAUGAUUUGGGUUUUUACCUGUGGAGUUUUUAUAAUGCAAUCAAGCUAUGUUUAAGAUUCAUUCAAGGAUAUGUUGUCAACAACACAUCUAGAUACCACAAGCUGGCAUUUGCUGUCAUAUAUUGCAAUAAAAACAUACUGUAUGUAUAGCUACAAUGUUUUGUGUUAGAUUGUCAAGUUCUUCUUUGUUGUAUGCUGUAUCUAGAAGAGAUUCAUCCAUAUCCACGAGUAUUACUGCAGUACACCAUUAUGCCACAGGGUGGUAUUACUCUACAGCACAGUAGAUUUUUUUCCACACACACACUUUGACCAAACAA